GCUAUUUGUGUAAGGUGUUAUUUGCUAAUGUUGAUGUGUUGUAAAUAAUGUGUACUUUAAUGGAAUUAAGACCAAACAAAGACCUUUUGGACGGAAAAUUUAUUGGAUUUAAGUUGUCAUUGGACCCAGUACCUAUUUAUCGCCAUAAUUUACACAACGAGGUCGACCAUGUCCUGCCUAGUGACGACCAAUACUCAUUUUUGCAUGUCAAAGUUUUUGGCCUUCACAAUCAUUUGUUUGGUGAUCCUUGGGCUAGAGAUGAUGUUUAUUUUAUAGAUAAACAAUGGAGGGUUCAUAAGAGUGUGAGGAAUGGAAAUACUGAGUUACUGGAUGGAGUGCAGGAAGUGUGGGAAAUGCCAAGUAACCAUGUAAGAAAAUGUGGCCAUUACAACACUUCACUCAGUUUCUCAUCACCAGAAUUGGCAGUACUUUCUGAUGGAGCUGGUACCCUGCAUGUUGUUCAUACAGGCAUCAGAGUUGAAACUACAGCAUGGAAAGUGUUGUUUAGUGAUGAGGUAUGUGGAAAGGAGAAGCCAUUUACAAUAGUGGAUUCUCGUGUGAAUGCAAUCAGUAACAAACAAGAGGUCCACGUUUUGCUUCUCUGGGUAGACGAAGUGAGAAGUCUGCUUGAUGAAAAGGAUGGACACAUAAAAUUUGUCACAAAGUUGGAGUGGGUCACUCUUCUAGAAGGAGAAAACCGAGACUGGUUGAUGCAGUGUGUGCGUCAGUUAUCAGGUGUGGGGGGACUGGACUAUGCUGCACUGGAGCCCAGUUGCCACAGUUUAUAUAUUGCGAGUGGAAAGCCUUUUCAAUUUGAUUCAGACUCUGAAAGUGCAGUAGAAAAAAAAGAGCCUGAAGGAAGCAGAGUGAGAGAUAAGCACAUACAAUAUGCGUGGCUUCAGACGACAGAGGAUAUUACUGUAUGGCUUCAGGUCCCUGAACAGACUUCAAAAUCAGAUGUGAAUGUCACUGUAGACACAAACAGUGUGAAAAUUAAGUGUAAAGAAUUUGUGUUGCUUGAAGGCUCAACAUGGCACUGCUUAGAGUCUCAGCUUACAACGUGGGCACUCAACAAAGGGAAAUUAGAGAUUACAUUGGUGAAGAGGGAGCAGGGCCUGAUGUGGCAAGAAUUUGUGAAAGGAGAGACUCAAGGGGAGGAAGUCAUGGACCCAGCACUUGUUGAGGAGAUACACCUGAGACUUGCACAUCUGUGCUCUGAUAAAGAGGUAACAGACUCAAGUGGCAACUGUGUGCCAGCCUUCAAUACACAGCAGCUAGAGGAAUGUGAUGACUUUCCAUUGGAAACAUCACUUCUGGUGAGAUUGGAUGCGCAUACCCAUGAUGUAUCUCACAGAGUUAGCUUGGGAGGGCACCAGUGGCUGUUCAAUGUUCGUGUGAAGGCUGAUGUUGUGCCUGCAGUUUGUUUGCGUCAUGAUGUUGAUGGCUGCCUUUGGCAGUUUGAUUCCCCUCAAGAAGGUGGGCUUUGGCCAUGCACCCACAUUGGCACCUUUCCUGCCUUUGGUUACGUACAGGCAUCAAAGCAGCAGAAGAAAUUUUGUACAUGUUCCCCAGACAUGUCUUACGUUGCAGUCUGUGAAGCAAGUCGUCACAUUUAUAUCUAUCGGCAGCCUGUAGCCAUAGCAACAGAAUUGAGAAACCGUCAUACAGGGCAGCACGUGGCUCACGUAGCAAAACAGCAACUGGUGAAUCUGGACUCAUCAUCAGAAGUACUAGGAAUCCAUGCUUCUUGCCACAUAUUGUAUGUGCUAACUGUCGAUACACUGUAUGCACUCCGUAUCAAUUAUGGUCCUGGUCCUGAAUCAUAGGUAGGUUCCUGGCUAUCUCUGUGGUAAAAGGACCCAAAAGUCUAAUAUGUGACACCAAUUCCUUCAAGUGUAUAUAAUCUGGAAUUGGUUCAGUCCUCUUCACAUCCUCACUUCAUAUUUCUGUUGGAUUCAUUUUAAUUUUAUCCUUCAAACCCCCUUUCAGUCCUCAGUGGUUGUUUUCCAAGAGGUUUCCAUACCAGAAUUCAGCAUACUAUCAUGGUCUAUGCCAGUGGUAUUCAACCUUUUUUGUUCGCAUACCCCCAGAUAAAAUUUCUCUUAAACUUUGUUCCCCCAAAGU